AUGCCCAACAUAGCCCUGAUCGGCGCCGGCAGCGUCGUCUUCGCCCAGAAGCUCAUCAGCGACAUCCUGCAGCGCGACGGCAUCGGCACGCCCGAGUUCCGGCUGAUGGACAUCGACCCCGAGCGCCUGCGCAUCGCCGGCAUCGCCGCCGAGAAGACCGCCCGCGCGCUGGGCAAGCCGGCCACGAUCCGCACCACCGUCGGCGACACGGAGACGAUCUAUCAGGACUUCGACAUCCCCGCCCGCUACGGGCUGCGCCAGACCAUCGCCGACACGCUGGGCAUCGGCGGCAUCUUCCGCGCGCUGCGCACCUAUCCGGUGAUGAUGGACCUGGUCGAGAACAUCACCACGGGCACGGCCGCCAAGCUCGCCGGCAUCGCCGGCGUCGCCGAGGAAGAGGUGCGCUUCCGCUGCGCGGGCAUCAACCACAUGGCGUUCUACACCGAGUUCCGCGUCGGCGACCGCGACCUCUACCCGGUGCUGUUCGAGCGCCUGCGCGACGAUCCGGACGGACUGGGCCGCACCGUGCGGUUCGAGAUGCUCAGGCGUACCGGCUACUUCGUGACCGAAAGCUCCGAGCACCAGGCCGAGUACACGCCGUGCGAGUGGGAACAGCAGCAGCGCGAGUUCUCCGACCCCGACCACGCGGUGGACACCAAGCCGCUGAGCCACGAGUACGGGUCGAUCAUCAUCGAGGCGAUCGAGACCGGCGUGCCGGCCACCAUCCACGGCAACGUGCUGAACCACGGGCUGAUCGACAACCUGCCGGCCGACGCCUGCGUGGAGGUGGCCUGCCACGUGGACGGCACCGGCCUGGCGCCGGUGGCGUUCGGCCGCCUGCCGACCGUGCUGGCCGGGAUCAUCGGCAGCAACAUCGCCGUGCAGCUCGCCACCGUGGAGGCGGCCGAGUCACGCCGGCGGGAGGCGGUCUAUCACGCCGCCAUGCUCGACCCGCACACCGCCGCCAGCCUCACCCUGGACCAGAUCUGGCAGGUCUGCGACGAGAUGCUGGAGGCGCAGGCGCCCCUGCUGCCGGCCUUCGACACGGCAUAG